CACCACGGCCACAGGACCUCGGUAGUCCUCCGACUUCCUGUAAAUAGUGCGCCGGCCCGCAACGCCGGCCCCGGCGUUUAAACCGACCCCCCGCUCAAAACCCCUCUUCCCCCGAUCGGGUUCACUGAAAACCCCAGGCAGGCUGCGCUAAUCUGGCCCCCAGGAGAGCUGUUAGGCGGCUGGAAGGGGAAUUUGGUGGAUGUACGCAGCAUUGCGCCCUGGAUAUAUCCCUCCGCUGUUUUUUGUCUUCUCUCAGACUGUUUUGGUCCCUUCGCUGAUAGCAACGGAGAGAGACGCCGAAGAAGCCGAAAAUCCUGUCUGUUGUCGCUAAAAUACAACACAACGGGACAGGAAUAACGCUUUCAUUAGCUGAGGAUCAUCGACGUACUGUCUUUUAAAGAAGAAAUAGUCUGUAUUUUUUAAUUGCGAAAAUUAGUCGUCGGUAGUGUCAUCGUUAUUUUAGUUGUCUCUUUUUUUUUUUUAGGUUGUAUCCUUUACCAGACAUUAGCCGAUAUACCGUUAAGUACGUUGUUUUUUUUUUUAUGGGAUCAUCGUCAUGUCCAUGAAGCAGGCCGGAGGUAACCGAAAACCCGGCGGCGGCCCCGCUGCGGCCUCUGGUGCCGGGGGAAGCGGGGGAACCGGCGGACGGCAGAGCCUGGGCAGGGGGCGUAACAGUGUAAAAGGCCCUUCUUCAGCUACAGUUGCCUUUAAUGGGGUUUAUGCAAACAUGAGGAUGGUGCAUGUCCUGACCUCCGUUGUAGGAACCAAAUGUGAAUUAAAGGUCAAAAAUGGAGUAGUGUUUGAAGGAGUUUUUAAGACGUAUGGCCCUGAGUGUCACUUGGUGCUUGAUGCUGCUCACCGAAAAAGCCCUGACAACAGUCUUGGUCCCAAGCGUGAAGACGUUGUUGACAGUAUGAUAUUCAAGGCGUCGGAUGUUGUUGUGGUGCAGUUUAAAGAUGUAGACUUGAAUUAUGCAAGGAAAGUUUCUUCAGAAACAGAUAACUUCACAGACUCUGCUGUUAGUGCUAGAGUAAACGGGGAACACAAAGAAAAGGACUUGGAGCCCUGGGAUGGUGGGGAGAGUGCCAGUGAGAGCCUAGAAGCCUUGGAGACUGAUGUGUCCAAUGGCUGGGAUGCUAAUGACAUGUUCAGAUUUAAUGAAGAGAAUUAUGGUGUGAAAUCGACUUAUGAUAGCAGCCUAUCCUCUUACACAGUUCCCCUGGAAAGGGACAAUUCAGAGGAGUUCCUGAAGCGAGAGGCCCGAGCUGCUCAGCUGGCCGAGGAGAUCGAGUCUAGCUCCACCUAUAAAGCCAGGGUUGCGCUGGAGAACGAUGACCGCAGCGAGGAGGAGAAAUUCACAGCUGUGGUGCGAACUGCGGAGCGCGAAGGACACAGCAUGAACUCCAGAGAAAACAAAUACAUUCCACCAGGGCAGAGGAACAGGGACGGGAUGUCGUGGGGGACAGGCAGGCAGAAUUCUCCCAGAUUGGUGCAGAGUGGCUCAGGCCCUCCUCCUCCCCGGCCUGGACCUCAUGACUACAGUCCCAGCUCUGGAGCCGACCAAAGAGUGGUCAACGGAGGUGUCCCCUGGCCAUCGCCUUGCCCAUCUCCUUCCUCUCGCCCACCUUCUCGCUACCAGUCAGGCCCCACCUCUCUUCCGCCUCGGGCCUCCACUCCCACCAGGCCACCCUCCAGGCCCCCUUCCAGGCCCUUGCGCCCCCCGUCUCACCCCUCUGCUCAUGGCUCUUCAGCUCCUGUCUCUACUAUGCCUAAACGCAUGUCUACAGAAGGUCCUCCCAGGAUGUCUCCGAAGACGCAGCGGACUCCACGGAUACAUCGAACUGCGACGGGCCGCGCGAGUGGUCCCCCCAGCGUUGACUUCCUGCCUUCGGAAGCUUCUGCUCCCCCGCCAGCGCGCAGCAGCCACUCGAGCGGGAGCUGGUCUGAAGUGGUCAGUGGAGGUCCAACUGCACGGUUGUCUCCCAAAGCACACAGACCCAGGUCUCCCAGACAGAACAGUAUUGGAAGUGCUUCCAGUGGGUCAUCUCUGCCAUCUCCUCAAGCCGGUACUGUUCCCAUGGAGCCUGUAGCCAUGCCUGCUUCUGCAGUUUCUCCUGCAGCAGCCAGCCCUGCCUCCAACAGAGCUGUCACCCCAUCUGCGGAGGCAAAAGAAUCAAGAGUUCAAGAGACAAGACAGAAUUCUCCUGCUGCGAACAAGGAAAAUAUCAAGCCAAGUGAAACUUCUCCAAGCAUCGCUAGGCCAGUCAGUAAGGGUUCGCCUGCCAUGGCUUCAGACCAUCGAAAACAAAUAGAUAAUUUAAAGAAAUUCCACGUAGAGUUUAGGUUACAGGCAAGUUCCACCCCAGAUCCCGUGUUUGAUCAGAUGAUGAACAAGCCGAAGGAGCUCCAGCUGGACAAGAGCACAGAGCUCGGCGGCAAGGAGUCGGCCAGCGAGGACGGCUCUGUGGCCAACGCCACGGGCGGCAGCAGCAAGCCCAGCAGCCCCAGCGCCUGCGCCUCCCCGUCCGCGGUGUGCAGCUCGGAGCAGAAGAGGGGCCCGGACGUGACCUCCCAGGGGGUCCAGACCUCGGGCCCGGGCAGCAAAGUCGACAAGGAGGACAAGGACGAUAAGAAGGACACGACUCCAGAACAAGUCAGAAAAUCAACUCUGAAUCCCAACGCCAAGGAGUUUAAUCCCAGAUCGUUCUGUGCUCAACCCAAACCGGCCACAACUCCGACUCCCCCGCGCCCUCAAGGCCAGCCUAGUCCUUCAAUUGUGGUGCAGCAGCCCCCUACUGUGUACAGCCAAACUGUGUGCUUCCCUCAAAUGUACCCCCUGCCAGUCAGCCCAGGAGUCCAGAAAAGCAUUAUCUGGAAGCCUCCGAUGUAUCACGUCCCAGUAGCACCCAUGACAGUGAACCAGACAAAGCCCUACAGAGCAGGUAAAGUGCCCAACAUGCCCCAACAGAGGCCAGAUCAGCACCACCCUCAGGGCACUCCUACCAUGAUGCACCCUGCCACAGCAGCAGGCCCGCCUAUCGUGGCCCCCAACCCUGCCUACUCCCCACAGUACUUCACCUGCAGUCCACAGCAAUUUGCCAAUCAGCCCCUUGUGCAGCAAGUACCCCACUAUCAGUCACAGGCACAGCACGUCUUCAGCCCUGUGAUGCAGAGCAGUGCCAGAAUGAUGGCACCUCCUACUCACGGCCAGCCCAGCCUGGUCUCCUCCUCCACAACACAGUACGGCACUGCUGAGCAGACGCACACUAUGUAUGUGUCACAAGGUCCUAUACCACAGCAGUACACCCACCCCAAUGCCACUUUGCACCCACAUCCUCAGCACCCGCAGCCCUCUGCCACCCCCACUGGGCAACAGCAGCAGCAAGGCCAGCACACGGGUAGCCACCCUGCCCCCAGCCCUGUCCAGGUGAUGCAUGUUUUCAAACAGCAUGCCCAGCACCAGGCAGCUCAGGCGCUGCACCUGGGGAACCCUCCUCAGCAGCCCAUGUACUCCACUUUGACUCCCACGCCCCCCUCCAUGACGCCUGGCCCCAACCCCCAGUCUCCGCAGACCAGCUUCCCCUCGGCCCAGCAGACGGUCUACAUCCACCCUCAGCAGGUGCAGCAUGGCUACAACCCCUCGCACAUGGCACACGUACCUCAGGCUCAUGUGCAGUCUGGAAUGGUGCCUCCCCACCAUGCCACACCAACACACCCACCAAUGAUGCUGAUGGCCACUCAGCCGCCUGGCGGCCCACAGCCUCCAAUUCCUCAGAGUGCUCUGCCUCCCAUUCCAGUCUCUUCAACCGCACACUUCUCUUACAUGACGCACCCUUCAGUUCAACCUCAUCAACAGCAGUUGUAGGAUAAAAUGAAGACUGGAUUCUUCCCUGCCCCUCCCCAUCUUGACCAAUCUGCUUUACCAACCUGAAGAAAGAUGGCUGUUUUCUCUCAUCAUGCUAAACUUUUGCUUUCUUGUAAACUAAUUAGGAAUGCUAACAGGUCAACCUGAAGUGGACAGAUUGUGAACUAAGAAUUUUAACUUACUGGAAGCCCCCUACAGAUAUGUUAUCAUAAUAAAACUCCUGCAGAUGCCCCCCUGCCCAACUGA